AUGUCCCCCAAGCGACGCGCCACCGUCACAGCGGUGCUUUCCGCUCCCUCCGACGAGCCGAACGAAACCUCUCGUCUGCUCGCCCCUGAUUCCAAUCGCAAGCGACCCAAACGCUCAUGGAUCCGGUCAUCGAGCUCGGUAUCGACCAUUAUCCUUUUGGUAGUUCUCCUCGUCAGCUUUGCCGAUCAGAUGAGCGAGUCGCCCGAAACGCGAAUCCUGGAGUCUGUGAUAUGCUAUCGAUACUACGAGCGAUCUGAUCCCACCAAGAUCAACUUUGGCCGGGAUGUUGCGGGUCCUGGAGCGAUCGGAGGCGUUGAUGAACACUGGUGCAAGACGGCCGCUGUUCAACAUACGCUCGCGGAGCUCAAUGGUUACAGGCAAUUGCUUGACGGAAUUCCCGCCUUACUACUGGCCAUACCCUUUGGAUGGGCCGCCGACAGUCCCAGAUUCGGGAGGUGGCCAAUCGUCUUCAUGAACCUGCUACAUGUGACACUGAGAGCAGGCUGGGUACAGCUUGUCGCGUGGAAAUGGCAAGUCUUCGAUGUCAGCGCCAUUUAUUUCAACACGAUCUUGUGUCUUUUUGGUGGCGGUACUACUGUUAUUUCUGCAAUGCUCUGCGUGAUAGUGUCCGAUACGACACUUCCCGAAAAACGGGCAGCAGCUUUCCUGAGACUGGGAGCCACCAAUCUGUCGGCAGCUUUAUUCAUGCCUCCGCUCGCGGCGUGGCUAAUGGAGACAAGUCCAUGGAUACCGAGCUUUUUGGGAACGAUGCUCUAUCUUCUGGCCACCGUUUCCUUCUUCUUUGUACCAGAAACUCUGGACUACCAACACGCUUAUCCCCAGGCCGAUGUAGGGUCGCCACCCGUUGGAAGACAAGAAUCUCCCAACGACCAGACGAUCUCGUCCGAAACUGGUGAUAUGCAGCAUAAACACCACUGGCAGACGAGGCUGAAAUCAGGUCUCUCAUUCCUGACUGAUGACUGGCGAGUCGUGGCUCUGAUCGCGUCUUUCAUCCUCCACAACCUCUUGGCAUCGAUCUCGAAGCUGCUCUUACAAUUCAUCUCCACGCGCUACAAUCUUACGCUUUCUGAAGCAACACUUCUUGUUACCGUCCGGAAUGGAGUGACAGUGGUACUCCUCUCAGUCGUUCUACCAUAUCUCACAAUUGCGAUCACGAACAAGUAUAGUCUUUCUGGACAGGCAAACGACCUCUAUCUGGCAAGAGGCUCGCAGAUAUUACUGGCUGUAGGAUGGAUACUUGUAGCGGCCUCCCCCAACAUUCCAACAGCUGCGAUAAGCCUGACGAUUGCGUCCUCUGGCGUUGGAGCUGUGUGCCUAGUGCGGAGUCUUCUCACCUCUCUGGUCCCUGCACAUCAUAUCGCUCGCGUCUACACCGUCAUCAGCAUAGUAGAUACUGUGGGUACUAUGUCGGGCGCUCCUCUGCUCGYAGGCCUGUUCUCUCAAGGCUUAUCAUUAGGAGGCGGGUGGAUCGCCUUGCCUUUUUAUUGCAUCGGUGGCCUGUCAGGACUGUUUGCAGUUCUUCUCUUCUUUGUUCGAUUGGAUCAGGAGAAGGAAAUCUGCGAGGGAGAAGACAUGUGA